AUGAUACACAGUUUAUUUAUCGUUAACAGCAGCGGAGACGUUUUCUUAGAAAAACAUUGGCGAAGUGUAGUGUCGCGGACCUGCGUAUCCUACUUUCUAGAUGUUCAUCGGGAAUCUGCCAAUAACGUGCCGCCAGUGUUGUCCACACCUCACCAUUACUUAGUUUCCAUCCAACGCAAUGGAAUCUCACUCGUUGCCGCAUGCAAGCAAGAAUUUCCACCACUCUUUGUAAUCGAAUUCUUACAUCGCGUAGUGGACACAUUCGAGGAUUACUUCUCCGAGUGCAACGAAAACGUUAUCAAGGAAAAUUAUGUCAUCGUUUACGAACUGUUGGACGAAAUGCUGGACAAUGGGUUUCCGUUGGCAACAGAGUGCAAUAUUCUGAAAGAGCUAAUCAAACCUCCCAACAUUUUGCGUACGAUUGCCAACUCGGUUACAGGGAAAUCCAACAUCAGUGGUACUCUUCCGUCCGGUCAAUUGUCGGCUAUUCCAUGGAGGCGAACUGGCGUAAAGUACACGAACAACGAGGCGUAUUUCGAUGUUGUCGAAGAGGUUGACGCCAUUAUCGACAAAAACGGACAGACAAUCUUUGCCGAGAUUCAAGGAUAUAUUGAUUGCUGCAUAAAACUAAGCGGCAUGCCGGAUCUUUCUCUCUCAUUUAUGAAUCCACGUCUUUUCGAUGAUGUAUCAUUCCAUCCGUGCGUCCGCUUCAAACGCUGGGAAUCUGAACGAAUCCUUUCAUUCAUUCCACCCGACGGUAACUUUAGAUUAAUGUCAUACCACGUUGGAUCACAAAGUAUCGUAGCCAUUCCUAUCUACGUUCGUCACAACUUGGUGCUGAGAUCGGGAGAACAGUCCCGGCUGGAUAUAACUGUUGGCCCCAAGACUACGAUGGGCCGAACAGUCGAAGGUGUGAAGCUGGACAUUUGUAUGCCAAAAGCCGUUACAAACUGCUCGUUGGUAGUGAAUCAGGGAAAGUAUACUUACGAUACGGUCAACAAAGUUCUUCACUGGGAUAUUGGCAGAAUCGACGCAGCCAAGCUUCCGAAUAUACGCGGAACGGUAAGAUUUCCUGGUACGAUUCUUAGUGGUAUGCUGCUUUUGUUCACCAACUAACGUUGCUUUCUCAAUUACAGAGUACACUUCACUAUCUCCCAGAUGGCCGUUUCCGGUUUGAAGGUGAAUCGGCUAGACAUGUAUGGCGAAAAAUACAAACCUUUUAAAGGUGUAAAGUACGUGACCAAGGCUGGAAAAUUCCAAAUUCGUAUGUAAACGAUCGGAUUGCAAUUGCUUAAAUGUGGUUAGCAAAUAUCGUAAUAAAGUAUGGAAAACUACUGCCGAA